GCCGAAAGGGGAUUGCGCUCCUCCAUCCCCCUUCCAACGCCCCACCUCGUUGUCAAAGUGUCCCUUACGGAGGUCAUACAGUCCCAUACGAGAGAUGGCAACGACACCGCAACCACGAGCAGCAACGGCAACGGCCCCUUCGCCAGGCUGGGACUUUUCCAUCCACAACAUCCCCUUCGGAACAGUCUCCACUACCUCAGACAGCAAACCACGACCAGCAACCGCCCUUGGCAAGUAUGCCGUCGACUUAUCCGUCCUCUCGUCCGCCGGCGCAUUUCAGGGCCCACAGCUGGGCAACGGUGUUGCAGAAAAAGUCUUUGCCGAGCUGACGCUAAACGCAUUUAUGGCCCUCGGCAGGCCCGCCUGGACCGAAGCGCGCAAAACCCUCCAAUCGAUCCUCUCCCUCGACGCCGCCACCGGUGAAGUGACCAUCACCCUCCCCAACGAUCCCACAGAAAACGACGUCAAAAGCCGAGCCCUGCACCCACUGGAAACCCUCAUCUACCACCUCCCCGCGCAUAUCGGUGACUACACCGAUUUCUACGCGUCGCGAGAACACGCAACCAACGUCGGGGUCAUGUUUCGCGGGAAGGAGAACGCUCUGAUGCCCAACUGGCUCCACCUCCCCGUCGGCUACCACGGCCGCUCCUCCUCCAUCCUGCCCACCGCCACCCCCCUCACGCGCCCCAGCGGCCAAAUCCUCCACCCCACCCUAAAAACCCCUAUGUUCUCCCCCACCAAAAAACUCGACUACGAGCUCGAAAUGGCCUACCUGAUCGGAACCCCCAACACCCUCGGCACACCCAUCCCGAUCGCGGACGCCGCCGACCACGUGUUUGGAAUGGUCUUGAUGAACGACUGGUCCGCGAGAGAUCUCCAGCAGUGGGAGUACGUGCCCCUGGGCCCGUUUCUGGGCAAGAACUUUGCGACGACCAUAUCCCCCUGGGUCGUCACCCUCGACGCCCUCGAACACUUCAAAACACCGCAACCCGAACAGCACCCGGAGGUGCUACCCUACCUCCGUCCCCCGACGCCCCUUGACGCAUACGAUGUCGAGUUGUCGGUGGGGUUGAUGGUCCCGAACGCAAACGAGCCGACGGUGCUCGCCCGGAGUAAUCUCAGACAUCUGUACUGGACACUCCCGCAGAUGAUCGCGCAUCAUACGAUCAAUGGCUGUAACCUGCGGACCGGUGACCUCCUCGGCACCGGAACCAUCUCCGGGCCGGAUACGUCUUCGAUGGGAUCGAUGUUGGAACUGACGAAAAACGGGACAGAGCCGGUGGAUAUCGGUCAUGGGGAGAAAAGAGCGUUUGUGGAGGAUGGGGAUGAGAUUGUGAUUAGUGGGUACGCUGAGAGGGUGGUUGAGGGGGUUGGGAGGGUUAGGGUUGGGUUUGGGGAGUGUAGGGGGGUGGUUUUGCGUGCGCGGGAGUUUAAGUUCUAGGGAUUGGGAUUGAAUAUGGGACAUCGCCCGUGUCGCCGGUUGUCCACGGGUGUACAUUGCAGAUUAUUCGACUUGUGAUGCCUGGGUAGAGAGUUUUGUAGAUAGGCUGAUACGAUAGAUAUCUUCACGACCGUAUGAGUUACACGCAUGUCCUUCAGAUUGUAUCCAUUGGGUAAAAUACACAUCCCCACCCAUUCCCACC